AUGGAUCCCAAUUCCCCAAAUAUCAUUAUCCCGUCCGAACCUCUCAGAUGGUGGGCGCAGUCAAAGAUUGCCAAUUGGCGACGUUUUGUUGACGUUGCUGGAAUCAAAGACGCAGACCCAAAAGAACUUUCGAUAUUCGACUGGAAGAUAAUUUUCGAGAUAGCUCUUAGGUCUAGCACAUGGCGUCUAUGCCCGUCCAUGGUCUUCGGAGAGACUUGUGAGAUCCCGAUAUUCGGCAUAAUCCAAGAGCUCGACUUCAUAACAGGGAAAGUUAUUUUCCGUUUGGACCCGAGGACAACUACUCCACUUGUUAGGCAGCAUGCAAAGUACAUAUUCAGUCGACGUAAAAAUCUUCCUCCGAAGCAAGCCAUAGAGAUCCUUCAAACUUUCGAACGCCGGGUCGACGUCUUGCAGAUUCGCCUUAGGGCUGGAGUCUUAGAUGCUACAGAUGGUACUCCUGGAGCGGAUUUUCCUAAAUAUGCAUCUAAUCCGUCAGCGAGGAAAUCGGUAGUAGAUAUGCUGGGCUUGGUUCUUAGAGAGAACGGUCUGAGGAAAACGAUACUUGAUGCAUUUGUGGAGACCCAACCUUCAGUUCCUUCAUUUGUCUUUAGUCCGAGUCGUUCAUUAGGUGGAGAGCCUGCUGAGGGUGUGCAUUCAUUACAGUCAACUAAUACUCCUCUUCAUCUACCACCACCACAAUUCCUUCUCAGCGAGCUGCACUCACUUAUAUCUAAACCCCAAACACCCCAGCACUCACGGGCUGAACACGAUCUCCCAUCACAACUGCCAGUCGAUUUUUCCCUCAAACGGAAGCAGAAUUCAAGCCCAACUCCUUCACCUCAGUUGGCAAAGCGUGUACAUGUUCGCACGCCCCUCCCAAAGAAUAGGGUUAUUAAAUACUCACGACCUACAGCCACAGGGUCAUCGCCACUAACAACCGAAGUCAAAUUGGAUAGCCCUUCUUCACCAUCUCUCACAGCUCAAGAGCCGCUAGUUCGUCAGCGAUAUCAGAAAUCACCAUCUGCUUGUCCAUCCAUAGACUCUGGAAUUGACAUCAACACACCUACUUCUGUAGCAGCUAACAGCCCUGAACCAAACCCCCCCAAAACGGUCCUAAGAGCUAAAGAGCCAACCUUAACAAUAAUCCCAGACGAGAGGUCAUCAGUACUCCCACUGUCUUCUAACCAAGCAACUCUUAAACGCAAAAGAGUUAGCCUCAAUCACGACGAACUCACAAUCUAUAAAAUGGAUUCAUCCUUCGCCCCUGUCACACGCCAGCAAGCGGCAAUGGAGCUUAAGAAAACACCAAAACAGACUACUGGUGUCGGCAGCGUCAGAACCAUGAAUGAAUUGACUCCACGAAAGCUAUCUAAUGUGCAAAGAAGUCCGCCUCGAAACUCAAAGGACACAGACGAAGAGGAAGAUAACUGGUAUGAUACGCACGAAGAAGUGCAAAUAGAUCAUCCACGAGAAGAAGAUAAAGCCGAAGACGCCGAAGACGAAGAUGGAGGAGUGGGGGUAGAAGAGGGAAUCCAAGAUGGAUGUUCUAAGAUCGUCGGGUUACCAACGCCUCGUAGACCUCCAUCAUCCGGUAUCAACAGAUUUGGGUUCACCGUCCGAAAUCCGGGAGAUAGCUCCCUAGCGACGAAGAAAAAGAAUAACAAGGGAAAGAACGGGAAAGGGAAAAAACGCAAAGGAAGAUCCCCAAGUUCUAGUGAUUAUACGGAUCCAGAAGACCUCGUUCUUGAUUCUGACACCCCAACACUCGAACUCCUCUGCGACUCUGAAGACUCAGAAGAGCACCGAGAUCGGAAAUACCGACGACGAGAGAGAAAAAGGCUUAAAGCGGAGGAACUUCAAAGAAUUGAGGAUAUAAAGCGGUUGGAUGAUCAGAUCAAGACACUCGAGACAGAGUUGGAAAGGAGGGAGGCUCUCGAAGCAGUUGAAGGCGCGGACAGGGGCCAGCUCUGUAAACAGAACGAGAAUAAGGCUAUUGAUUGA